GCUGUCGAUUAGGGAGGGAAAAACAAACUGAAAACAAAAGCACAAAACUCACAACAGAGAAGUAAAUACUAAAUACACUGCUUCGUUUGAUUGUUUCCUGAGUAAAUCUUCUUUGAGAGAAAAUGUCCACCAUCAGAGUACCAGAUGUUGUUCAUUCUCCAACCCAAGAUUGUGAGAAGCUCAAAAAGGCCUUUGAGGUUCUAGCAGAUGAUUCGCAAUCGGGAUCUGUUCUCCUAAAAUGUCUCCUUUUCUGUUGGGGGACAGAUGAGAAGGCCAUAAUUUGGGUUUUAGGGCACAGAAAUGCAAGCCAGAGGAGGAAAAUCAGGGAAACUUAUCAGCAGCUUUACAAUGAAAGUCUCAUUGAUCGUCUUCACUCUGAGCUCUCUGGAGAUUUUAGGAAAGCAGUGAUCUGGUGGACAUAUGAUCCCCCGGAGCGGGAUGCAAGACUUGCAAAUGGUGCACUGAAGGCAAAAAUGAAAGAUAUCAAGUGCCUACAAGUGAUAGUUGAAAUCGCAUGUGCAUCAUCUCCUCACCAUCUGGUGGGAGUAAGGCAGGCCUACUGUUCUCUUUAUGAUUGUUCACUCGAAGAAGACAUUACAUCUGCUGUCUCUCGGCCCCUAAGAAAGAUUUUGGUGGGUUUAGUUGGCUCCUACAGAUACGAUAAAGAAUUGGUGGAUAUAGAUGUAGCUGAUGCCGAGGCAUCUAGACUACGUGAAGCUAUUCAAGCAAAGCAACUAGAUCAUGAGGAUGUUGUGUAUUUGCUGAGCACUAGAAAUGUUCAUCAGCUUAGAGCAACUUUUGAGUACUACAAGCAAAGAUAUGGAAAUGAUAUCGACCAGGACAUUGAGAAGUGUGGGAGCGGGGAGUUGGAAUCGCUAAUGAGAGUGAUAAUUCGGUGCCUAUAUUCACCGGAGAAACACUUUGCCGAGGUUAUCAGAUCUUCUCUCGUUGGGUUGGGGACAGAUGAAGAUUCUCUUUCGAGAGCCAUCGUAGCUCGAGCUGAGAUAGAUAUGAUGAAAGUAAGAGGAGAGUACUUUAAUAUGAACAAAACUAACCUUGAUGAUGCAGUGAAGGGUGACACAUCUGGAGACUAUAAAGACUUCCUGAUGACCUUGCUCGGUGCCAGAAUCUGAUUCAAUCUCCCUCACUUUUCCAUGUAUAUUUCAGUGGUGAUAUUUGAGUGCUUGCAUUGUUGUUUGGAAAAAAAAACUUGUAACUGGUUCAUUGCUGUCAAAUCACACUGGAGAACUGCUUGAGUUGCCUGUGAUUAUAAUUAUUGGCUGUAGAUAAGUUGUGGCUUUGAUUGGGUUUCUUUCAUAAAUUUGUUCUUUCUUUGAAGAAGAACAGAAGGAAUUGUUCAAUAAAUAAUACACUGGUUUGUGGAAA